AUGACACGCAAACCAUGUUUCUUUUUUAAUUGUGCUCGGCCCAGUAAAUUGCUAGGAAAUGAUGUCAGCGUACUCGAAAGACCUGCUGCAAAGAAGUAUGUUCACAGUGAUAGGUUUAAGUCACCAUAUCGAAAUAUAACAGCAAAGUCUAAAGCUGCUAAUCCUAAGCUGCAGUUGGACAAUCAAUCAUUUUUGUCGAAUAACAACACCAAUGUAUUGAUCCCAUCACAUGCAAAGAAGUCAACGUCAAAUAGCAUAGCUAUACACCAACUUGACGCUGAAAAAGGAAAAGUAAAUGAUAUGGAAGCAGCUGAACCUGUGGCAUUACCAUGUGUAACAACAGAAGACAUGUUCCAGGAACCUACUACUGAAACACUCCUACACAUUCCACCUGAAAAAGAACUACAAUCUGAAUCUGAAUCUCAAUUGAGAGUAGAAUUUGAACCAAACGAUAUAGAAGCAGCUGAACCUGUGGCUGAUUUGCCAGACGAUUUCACUGCAAAGCAGUACACAGCUUUUCGCAAUAGAGGAGGACUAAUUUUUGUUACAAUCCCAGUCUUUCAAUCAAUACGGGAAGUGGAAAAGAUUAUUUCGUCUCAAUUUGAAGAUGACGGUCAUUAUUUAGUGAGAGAUAGUUACGAAAUUUGUAUGUCAAAAAUCAAAGUACUCAAUCUUUGUCCUUUUUUUUGUGACACACACCGUGCUGACUCGUAUCCUUAUUUAAUAAUGGAAUUCGUACAAGUUAUAUAUCAUUUUGAAUCAAAGCGUUUUCAAGAACGUAAUUUGGCAGAAGUUGAUAGUAACGUGCGACAAAAUUUCAAGAUGGCAAAACUUGCUUAAUUUUUUUUUUCUAAAUGUAAAUUGUAUGUAUGUUAAUACACAUUACAAGUUAUAAAUUGAA